AUGAGCGAGCAGCGCCCGCCGCCGCCGCUCUACUUCCCCCCCUUCCACGACCGCGCCGAGCCCGCCGCCCCCGCGGCCGACCGCGGCCGCCCGCGGAAGCUCUUCACGCCGUCGGGCGGGCUGCGGGCGCCGCCGUCGGGCGGCGCGGCCGGGGCGCCGCGCUGGCCCGCGGGACUGGCGCCCAUCGCCUACGAGCCGCUGCGCUUCUUCUGCCCCGCGGCGGAGGGCGGCGGCGGGGGAGCGGCGCGGCGGCCCGCGGAGCAGCCGCAGCUGGACGGCGAGAUCUGCGAGCUGGGCAUCCGCCUCAAGGAGCUGGAGCUGCUGGCGCUCAUCGGCGACGGCUUCGACCCCCACCAGUACAAACUUUUGAAGGCACUGACAGAAGAAAAGAUACAAGGCAUAAAAACAAGGCAGAAGCUAAAGAAACAGCAACCAACAUGA